AUGUGUCAUCCUGCAGACCCAGCCACCAUCACCACCCCCGCUUCAACCAGAUCGACCGAUGGAAAGAUAUUCGAAUACGAACUGUUCGUCAGGGUCCAGAAAAACGGCCAAUCCGAUUCGAAGAUGAUGCGGAUGUUGUCAAAGGCACCUAGGAAACAUCAUAUCUCCUCAUCAAAUUCUAAUCCAGUCGUCACAUAUCCAAAUGGUUCACAACUAGUCGCAAUCGAGCAAUUGGAACCACAAAGAGAAAAGACAGUAGAUUUCACAAGGCACCCGGGUGGCCGCUACUCGGACAUUAUCAAAACAUUCAAGACCAUUAUCGCCCCUUCCGCCAAUAAAAGCAUGGAUGGGCUGCUUGAUAUAUUGAAGUCGACUGCAAAAGCAAAUCACAGCAUCGACUUUUGUGACCUCUUCUUCCGGUUCACGAUGGACUCCUUUGUCCAGAUGACCUUUGGAAAAGAUUUGGGCCUUCUCGGUACCGAUUAUUAUGACAAAGGAGAAGCAUCAUCGCCAUCGAAACUCUCCCCAGUGUCUAUUCCUUUUGCGGAUGCGUUUGACUUUGCACAGGAUCAGAUUGACUUCAGAUUCUUGGCUGUCAGAGGAUGGCAGCUGAUCAAGAAGCUCGUUGGUUCAAUCGGAAAACGCAUGAAAGCCUUGUGUUGUGUUCUGGAUGACUACGCAUACUCUUUAAUUGAUGAGCGAAUGGCUAGUCUGGCUCAGUCAUCCGAUUGCGGAAAGAAAUAA